CGGCUCUGCGCAGCGUCUCCGCCUCGGCUGGCGGAGACCCCGAGCUGGAGCGACCGCGGGGCCGGCCACCUUCGCAGCACGGAGCCGCGAUGUUCCCCCGGGAGGCUAAGUGGAAUAUCUCGUUCGCGGGCUGCGGCUUCCUCGGCGUCUACCACAUUGGGGUGGCCUCCUGUCUCCGUGAGCACGCGCCCUUCCUGGUGGCCAACGCCACGCACAUCUAUGGCGCCUCGGCUGGGGCACUCACGGCCACGGCGCUGGUCACUGGAGCCUGCCUGGGUGAGGCAGGUGCCAACAUCAUUGAGGUAUCCAAGGAGGCACGGAAGCGGUUCCUGGGUCCCCUGCACCCUUCCUUUAACCUGGUGAAGACCAUUCGUGGCUGCCUGCUGAAGAUCCUACCUGCUGAUGGCCACGAGCAUGCCAGUGGGCGUCUGGGCAUCUCCCUGACUCGUGUUUCCGAUGGGGAGAAUGUCAUUAUAUCCCAUUUCAACUCCAAGGAGGAGCUCGUCCAGGCUAAUGUCUGCAGCACUUUCAUCCCUGUCUACUGUGGCCUCAUCCCUCCCUCCCUCCAAGGGGUGCGCUAUGUAGAUGGCGGCAUUUCAGACAACCUGCCUCUCUAUGAGCUUAAGAACACCAUCACGGUGUCCCCCUUCUCUGGCGAGAGUGACAUCUGCCCACAGGACAGCUCCACCAACAUCCACGAGCUCCGAGUCACCAACACCAGCAUCCAGUUCAACCUGCGCAACCUCUACCGGCUCUCCAAGGCCCUUUUCCCACCUGAGCCCAUGGUGCUUCGAGAGAUGUGCAAGCAGGGCUACAGAGAUGGCCUGCGCUUCCUGCGAAGGAAUGGCCUCCUGAACCAGCCCAAUCCCUUGCUGGCGCUGCCCCCUACCCGCCCCCGAGGCCCGGAGGAAGAGGAUGCAGAGGAGGCCAGUGCUGCGGAAGAGAGGAUCCAGACAGAGGGCCACUUGCAACCCACGGGGGUAGAUCACAUCCUGGAGCACCUGCCUGCCCGGCUCAAUGAGGCCCUGCUGGAGGCCUGCGUGGAGCCCAGAGAUCUGAUGACCACACUGUCCAACAUGCUGCCAGUGCGUCUGGCCACAGCCAUGAUGGUGCCCUACACGUUGCCGCUGGAGAGUGCCGUGUCCUUCACCAUCCGCUUGCUGGAGUGGCUACCUGACGUUCCUGAGGACAUCCGGUGGAUGAAAGAGCAGACAGGUAGCAUCUGCCAGUACCUGGUAAUGCGUGCCAAGAGGAAGCUGGACAGCCACCUGCCCUCCAGGCUGUCGGAGCAAAUGGAGCUGCGUAGAGCUCAGUCGUUGCCCUCUGUGCCACUGUCCUGUGCUACUUACAGCGAAGCACUGCCCAGUUGGGUGCGCAACAACUUCUCGCUGGGGGACGCGCUGGCCAAGUGGGAGGAGUGCCAGCGGCAGCUGCUGCUGGGCCUCUUCUGCGCCCACGUGGCCUUCCCGCCAGAUGCCCUGCGCAUGCGCCGACCCGCUGGCUCCGCCCCCCCAGAGCCUGCACCCGCGCAGCAUCCACGGCCUGCCCCCUUGCUGAGCGGCUCUAUUCCUAUUCCUCCUUCCCCAGCCAAACCCUGAGCUGCCUGCCACAGGAGUCAGGGCCCUGGGACACUAUCCCCUGCCUCCCUCCUGUUACCAGUGUGGAGGGAGGAGAUGGGCGCCCUCACAACUGCAAAAAGGGGUUUGCGGAAUGCCCCUUCGCCAGCCACUCACUUGCUGCACUGAGUGGGGAGGGAUGAGGGGUAACCCUCUCCUUGGGGCCACAGAAGCACCUCUCCCCAGCCCCACCCGCUUCUUGGUGCAGUUCCCCUUGAGAACGCAUCUGCUCCUCCUGCCCUAUUUUUGUGUUUUGCCCAAGAGUGUUUAUGAAGAUUUAUUUAUUUUUGCCAAAAUAGAUGUAAUAAACGCCACAGCUCAGCGUCUGCCUUCUUCACUUGUAUGUGCCACACCCUCUCUUUGCUCGGGGGGGACAUGGAGAGAGCCUCCCCCUA